AUGCUUUCUAAAUUUGCAAACAAUAUAGGAUAUUUCUUUCUAAUAUUAAUCUUAUGCUCAGGAAUCAUAUUUAAGAAUGGAUUAAGCGAAAAAUUAGCUCCACCAACAAAUGUGCCUUAUGAAAAAAUUUACCGUUUUCACAACUCGGAGAGUUUUGUGCCCAAAAUUGUACAACCAAACAGAGCAGACAUAUGCAAUGAUGAUGCUUGCAUGCAUGGAAAAUGCGAAGUACUCGCGAAAAUUUUUAGAUGCAGAUGCGACGAAGGAUACACAGGAUUAAGAUGCGAAGACAGAAUUCAAACAAAAUCAGAUAAGCAGUUACUGUGGCAGAUGAUCCAAACUUUGAUCAUGCUCUUUAUGUUGAUUUUCGUAUCCGGAAUAUUCUAUCUGUUGCUACGCAGAAAGAAGUGAAGUCCCAAAGUAAAUUAGCUUUUACGCGAAGGAGACGCUCCCCUUUCAGUUAAAAAGUGCCUUUUAUACAAUAAUUUAUAUAUUAAUAAUUAUGAAAAAAAAACAUUUUAUAUUCUUUAAAAUAUAAAAAAAAA